CGUGGUUCCCCGCUGCACAGUGGAUCCUGGGAGAGCCUUCCCACCUCCUCCUCCUCCUUCUUCCUCGCCUCCUCAGCUCCUAUUCUGGCCAUGCUCUGGGAGUGACUGAGAGCUCCCUCCACGAGACUGAGUGUCACUUGAGGUGACCCAGAAAUGAUGACUCCAGAUGAACCCUGGAUGUGUGGUAAUCUAACCACCAUGCCCAAGGAGCCAGGCAGCCGUGGAGGCAGGCAUCCCGGGCUGAUGCAGUUUCUGUGGUCUCACUGUUGAGCCGAGCUCGCUGCACAUCCUGUCUGCGUAUAAUGCUCCCAGAAUGCUGUGUGCACUGUUCGUGUUGUGGUACACAGUGAAAUGGAUCUCAGUGGCGUUGCAUUAUUGAUGAGAUACAUUCUGAUGUCAGUGCAGGUGGAAGGAGCAAAGCAAAAUGACUGUUAGCAGUAUGGCACUGUGUCAUUUAUGCAAGCACAGAGGUGUAAUUAAUUGUCACCCUUUGCUCUCAUUGGAGCUAACAGCGUCUAUUCACUUGUGUCAAUAGAAAUCAGUCCAUCUAUACCUUAAUGUGUUAUCCAAUUGGACAGUGUGAGCAGGUUUAGGGCAUCCUGUCCUCUGGAUGACCUGUCUUUUUUUAUGUUAACAGCAAAUAUAUAAUUCAGAUGGAGGCACCAUGCACUUUAAAGUGUUAACAUUUAGCUAUUAACGUUAUUAUUAUUUAACUGCUUGUCCUGUUGUUUGACUAAUAUAAUCCACCAAUGCACAAAGCAAAUACACCAACAUUAUGGACCAUUAUACUGUAUAUUAGGGAAAUUAAUGAUCAAUAUUGAAAUAAAAUAAACAUAUCCUCUUAGCAGUCAGGAAAAAUGAAAUCUUUAAAGCAUAAACAAUAUUAAUAUUUACAAAAAAACCUGACAUUAUUAAAUGUGGUGAAUUUUUCAUCAACAUUUUUUUUUAUUCAUUAGAUGUUGCAACAUGAGGCAAAAUGUGUGUGGAUGGUGCCUAUCUGAAUCCUGCAGUGGGUUAUAAUAUGAAGUUUGUCAGCUGGACUAUACUGGAGAGUCAGAUGGAGAAACAUGCAUCACAGUUCAGGGGAAACGAAACUUGAACCAAAUUAUUAAAUUAUUUUUAAUAUUGUUGAUAUGGGGAAUUAAUUUAAUACAACCAGAAAAUAGGAAUCUAGAGAAAGACACCAGAAAAAGAAAGAUAUAACAUGUAAUGUGUGUACAGUUUACAUGACGUUGAAAUAUAAUGAAUAACAUUAUAGCCAUAGCAAAGGCCUAUCACUGCUUGGUGCAGAUUUGUCACAUUAAUUGGUAACAUUCAGAAAUUAUUUAGCACCUUUAUUUCAAAAACAAUUUUGAUUUGUAGAAAAACACUUUAACAGUAUAGGCUUUGUGUUUCUGUGCUCCAUAUCUAUGUCAGAUUGAUUGAUGUAGUUUGACUAUAGCUACUUAUUUAUUCACAAAAAACUCUGCUCUCACACCAAUGAAAUUACAGCUGUAAGUAUUUCGCUUAAAUCCCAUAUAGCCAGUGAAUUCUUGAGUGAUAUGUGUAGUUUAUGUUCUUGAUCACAUCCUUUAACGUUGUUUGCAAUAUGCGUUCCCAAAUAGUCUUUUGGGGUUAACACUUUACUAUUUAAAUUCAUACUAAACAGCUGUGAAAUGCAUAUCGUUUGAAGGGGGGAAACACCAGAUGUGUCUAAUAUUACAAAAUCCUGCUCUAUAUAGUAACUGCAUUCCAUUUGGCGAAUCUAGAUUUUUUUAUUUUUUUAUUUACAUCACACAUUCUAACCUAUGAGUAGGCCAUUGGCUCAUCUUCCCAUUUUCUUUGCUGUUGCCUGCGUGUGUGGUUGUGUUGAGGGCUUCCUGCAUACGGGAGAGGAAUAUUUAAAUGUCUUGUGUUUUAAUUGACGCCCGAACUAGAGAAGCUCAGAAACGAGGAACAGCCCCCAUCUACCGGCAGCUUGUCCUCUGUCUCCGACACUGCCUCAGUCCGGAGCUGCUCCGCUGCACGCUGCACAGGGAUCUCACACUGCCUCAGAGCCUCAGAGCCCGGUUGGAUGCGCUGAGAGAGCGGGGCGCAGCGCUGCAGUUCAGUAUAUGGAAGUUGUGAGCUGCAAGACAGAGGCAGGCAGUUGCAAGUUGCGUCCAGGACCGGGAGCCAUGCUUUUCCACGGGAUCUCCGGGGAUCACAUCCAAGGGAUCAUGGAGGAGAUGGAGAGAAGGUCGAAAACCGAGUCGCGUAUGGCGAAGGGGAUGCAGCUGAACGGAAGAGAGUCGACCAUAACUUCCAUGAGCCAGGAGAAGCCUGCUCUGUGUGCCGGCUGUGGCGGCAAGAUUUCGGACAGAUACUACCUCCUGGCCGUGGACAAACAGUGGCACCUGCGGUGUCUCAAAUGCUGUGAAUGUAAACUAGCGCUGGAGUCAGAGCUUACGUGUUUUGCCAAGGAUGGGAGUAUCUAUUGCAAGGAGGACUACUACAGAAGGUUCUCCGUGCAGAGGUGCGCGCGCUGCCACCUCGGGAUAUCGGCCUCGGAGAUGGUGAUGCGGGCACGCGACUCCGUGUACCACCUGAGCUGCUUCACGUGCACCACCUGCAACAAGACGCUGAGCACAGGUGACCACUUCGGCAUGAAGGACAGCCUGGUGUACUGCCGGCUGCACUUCGAGACGCUGGUGCAGGGACCGGACUACCACCAGCAGCUCAACUUCGCCGAGCUGGCGGCCAAGGGCGGCGGCCUCACCCUGCCUUACUUCAACGGCACCGGGACAUCACAGAAGGGGAGGCCGCGCAAGAGGAAGAGCCCGGCCAUGGGGAUAGAUAUACCCAGCUACAACGGCUGUAACGAGAACGACACGGAUCACAUGGACCGGGAGCAGUCCUACGCUCCAACACAGAAGACCAAACGCAUGCGGACGUCCUUCAAGCACCAUCAGCUGCGGACAAUGAAAUCCUACUUUGCCAUCAACCACAACCCAGAUGCCAAGGACUUAAAGCAACUGGCCCAGAAAACUGGCCUCACUAAGAGAGUUCUACAGGUUUGGUUCCAAAACGCAAGAGCCAAAUUCAGAAGGAACGUUUUGCGACAGGAGAAUGGAGGUGUUGAUAAGGCUGAUGGCACCUCACUCCCUCCACCCUCAUCUGACAGUGGGGCCAUGAGCCCCCCCUCCAGCGCGGCCACACUAACAGACCUGACAAACCCCUCUAUCACUGUAGUGACCUCCGUCACCUCUAGUUUGGACAGCCAUGAUUCGGGGAGCCCUUCACAAACUACCUUGACAAACCUUUUCUAACACGCUAUCCCCAACAGACUGUUUUUUUUCAAAUCUGUUUUUCUUUUGUUUUUGUUUUAUUUCCUCAAUUUACAUUUAAUUUUUUUAAGUGACACCUUUAAGAGACCGCUCCUUGGAACUGAAAGUGCUGUACUGUGUACACAAACAAGAACAACAAGAGCAAGAACAGCAGCGACCACAUUAAAACACGAGGACAUCUUUUAACGUGUAGCAUUUUAAACCGCAUGGCAGCCGUGUCUGUAGUUGACUUACAGUUUGCAGAGAUUGAUUUUGGACGGGACACUUUUGAAGUUGAAGGCAUUACAAAAUUGUCAUGGAUCUCACAAUUCAUCAAAAAAACGAACUAAACUUAAAGCGUGUCUGGAAAUCUUAAUUGAUUUGACUUUAUUUGUACAUUUGUAAUGAUUUAUGAUAAAACAAGCCCUUCCUAAUUUAUGGUUAAUUGGUGAUUUUAAAAUCCUGUAUAUGUAUGCACUGUUUUCGCACUAUCCAAUUUGAAGAUUUAUUUUCUGUUUUGGCAUCAUUUGGGAAAUAAACUUGUAGAAUGUUCUGUUUAUGGGUAACUCCAGAAAACAGGCUUAAUAUUUCCGCAUGUUUCAGUCGUAAUGACUGAGUUGGAUGGAAUCAGACGUGGAGAGAUCUCACAGAGCUACAUGUAAAACGUCUAAAUUGCAUUCUAAGCGCCCAACCAUCGCAGCUUAUAUGGCAGCUAGAUGCUGAAACCAUAUAGGUUUUUGUUUUGAUUCACAAAUCUACUGUGAAAAAGAGAAAACAUCUAAUCCCACAAUCUGUACAGUGGUAACUGUUCAACAUGUAAUGCAGUCAGUUUGAUCAUUUGAAAUCCGCAGGAGAAAUUGGGAUCUGAGAACAGUUUAUGCACGCUGUUGCAAUCGAUUGUUUUCAUGACAGAGCACUUUUUCAGAUUUGUUGGCAUCUCAGAUUAACCGUAGUCAAAUGGAUAAAUCCUAGUAAACAUAUCCAUGGAUCCACAGCUUAACUCAAUUGCACAGUGACAAUAUACUGCCCAGUGAAAAGUGCAUUAUUGUUUUUAUCAUGUUGCUCAGGGUAACGAUGUGAUUUUAAAAGGGAAAAGGAGUAGGGGGAGAAAUGAAGUGGUUGCGACGUUGCAGACUAGAUUUGUAGAGCUGACAUGAACAAUAAAAAUGACCUCAGAUAGGUGGAGUCGCAAGAGGCAGCCAGUGGGAAAUCAUUGUCCAUGUGUUCUCCUUUUUGGCCAUAUGUAUACUUUCUUUAAUGACUUGCCACUGAACAGACCAAAAACAUGUUUCUUCUGGCUGAGAGAAAGAGAGAAAAGAAAGAGAGAGCAAAUCUUCAAUAGAGUUGAUACAUUUCAUUGUGAGCGUCACAAUUUGUUCUCUUGUAGAACAAAGUGGUACUCUAGAUCUACUUAAUGAAGUAGAUGCCUAACUCAGUUCUGCUAUGUGCCUUAUGCUAUAACUUGGGAGAAAGUUUGUGAUAUUCAGGAUAUAUGUGUUCUUUGUUAACUGAUUCACAUCCUUUUGACGCCUCACUAGUUUUGUACUGUUUUGCAUCUUAUUUCCGAAGAUCUUUUUAUGGUGUGUCCUGUUCAAAAGGGGGCAGCGAUGUCAUAGAAAGCAUUUGUGCACUCUUUCAGAUAUAGUUGGGUAAUCCAAGAACCUUAUAUAUUGAUCUUCGUGUUAAUAGUUGAGUACAGUAAGUGUUCUAUCAAGAUUGUCCAUGUUUCCCUGUUUCUUGAUAAAGAUGGUGUAUAGAAACUAUUUCCCCCUAAAUAUUUAUGGACCAAACGGUUGUUAUAUAUCUUAUUAAAUUUGUGUGAAUAAAAAUACUUUGCUUUUAAA